UUCAGUGACACAUUUCCUGGAAAUGAAAGUGAAAGUUUGUCUGAAGACAGCAGAGCUGCAGUGGAGACAAGUCUCUCUGUUUGUCUCUGAAGACAAAUUCAACUGAAUCCAUCAGGUUUUUCUCAACUAAACAGCAGAAUCUCUGCCAACCUCUGUGUAGAUAUGUCUGCUGCCAGCUGUCUGCUGACUGAAGAUCAGUUUCUGUGCUCCAUCUGUCUGGAUGUGUUCACUGAUCCAGUCACCAUACCAUGUGGACACAACUUCUGUAAAACCUGCAUCACUGAACACUGGAAUAUUAAUGUCCAGUGUCAGUGUCCCAACUGUAACAAGGUUUACAGCACAAGACCUGAGCUGAAGGUCAAUACUUUCAUCUCUGAGAUGGCUGCUCAGUUCAGACAGUCAGCUCAGCAGAAAGCCAGCAGCAGCAGCUCAGAGCAACAAGUUUCCAAACCAGGAGAAGUUCCCUGUGACGUCUGCACUGGAACCAAACUGAAGGCCCUGAAGUCCUGCCUGGUGUGUCUGGUCUCCUACUGUGAGACUCACCUGGAGCCUCAUCUGACAAUGUCAGGCCUGAAAAGACAUCAGCUGAUCGACCCUGUGGAGAACCUGGAAGACAGGAUGUGUACGAAGCACGAUAAACUGCUGGAGCUGUUCUGUAAGACCGACCAGAUGUGUGUCUGCAUGCUCUGCACUGUUUUAGACCACAAGACACAUGAUGUUGUUCCUCUGAAAGAAGAAUAUGAAGGAAAGAAGGCCGAGCUGGGGAAGAUAGAGGCUGAAAUUCAGCAGAUGAUCCAGAAGAGACGACUGAAGAUUCAGGAGAUCAAACGCUCAGUGGAGCUCAGUAAGGAAGGUGCAGACAGAGAGAUAGCAGGUGGUGUUCAGGUUUUCACCGCUCUGAAGGAGUAUGUUGAGAGAAGACAGGCCGAGCUCAUCAACACGAUCAAAGAGAAGCAGAGAAAGACAGAGAAACAGGCUGAAGACUUCAUCAAAGAGCUGGAACAGGAAAUCUCUGAGCUGAAGAAGAGAAGCUCUGAGGUGGACCAGCUCUCACAGUCUGAAGACCACCUCGACCUCCUCCAAAGCUUCCUGUCCCUGAACACUGCUCCAACCACUAAGGACUGGACAGAAGUCAGCGUCCGUCCACCUUCAUAUGAGGGGACUGUGGUGAGAGCUGUGAAUGAGCUGGAGGAGACGCUCAGUAAACAGAUGAAGAAGCUGAUUGAGGUGGAGGUGAAGAGGGUCCAGCAGUAUGCAGUGGAUGUGACACUAGAUCCUGAUACAGCACAUCCUGAUCUCAUCCUGUCUGAUGAUGGAAAAGAAGUGUAUGAUAGUGAUGUAAAGAAGAAUCUACCAGACAAUCCACAGAGAUUUGAUACUUGUCCCUGUGUCUUAGCAAAGCAGAGUUUCUCUUCAGGAAGAUUUUAUUACGAGGUUCAGGUUAAAGGGAAGACUGAAUGGGAUUUAGGAGUGGCCAGAGAGUCGAUCAACAGGAAGGGAGACAUCACAGCGAGUCCUCAGAAUGGUUACUGGACGAUAUGUUUGAUGAAUGAAAAUGAGUACAAAGCUGCUGCUGGCCCUGCAGUCUGUCUCUCUCUGCAGUCUCAGCCUGAGAAGGUGGGGGUGUUUGUAGAUUAUGAGGAGGGUCUGGUCUCCUUUUAUGAUGUUGAUGCUGCAGCUCUGAUCUACUCCUUUACUGGCUGCUCCUUCACUGAGAAACUCUACCCAUACUUUAGUCCCAGUCUUAAUUAUGGUGGUACAAACUCUGCCCCUCUGAUCAUCUCUCCUGUCAAUCACACUGAGUAGAACAACCAUUUGAUUUUCUUCAUAAAGAUUCACAUAAUUUAAUGGAAUAAAUGUAUAUUUAUUGGUGAUGUAUGGAAUAUAUAUUUUUUUUCCUUUUAUCAUGUAAAUGUAUUGAUAUCAUAUUGCAGCCUCAUUUAUUCUAAUAACUGCAUUAUCUGCCUUCAAAACUGUAAAAUCAUCAGAAAACAAUGUACUCAGGAAUAAGAAGCAUUUACACAUUCUUUAAAUGUCUGAGUGACAAAUUCAAACCUUUAUAUUGUCUGAUCAUUGUUUAUAUAAGAAAUGUUUACAUGUAUCCCUGGGCUGGUUAAGGGACAGUUUGGCUGCCUAUCAGAGAGCUCUAAAGGAAGCCAAGUCAAAAUAUUUGUCUUCCAUUAUAGCUAACAGCUCUCAUCAUCCAAGACUGCUAUUUAAUACUAUUGAUUCUGUCGUUAAUCCACGCCCUACUGUCCUGUCUGAUGCCUCCACUGCAACCUGUGAAGAGUUUGUGUUUUUUUUCACUGAUAAAGUGGCAUCUGUCAGGCAGAAUAUCUGUAAUAUGAAUAUGUCUCUUGAUGAUGUCUGUGCUCCUUCGGCACAGACUGCUGUCUUCGAGCGGUUUGAGACCAUUUCUCUGUCUUCUUUUACUAAGGUGGUUAGUGGCAUGAAACCCACAAACUGUCCCUUAGAUAUUAUUCCAGUCAAGUUUUUGAAGGAGGUUCUGAGUUCUGUUGGGUAAAGUCUGCUUGUUUCUAUAAACACUUGUCUUAGCUCAGGGUCUGUUCCAGCUGCCUUCAAACACGCUAUGGUUAGGCCCCUCCUAAAAAAAACGCAUCUUGACCCCUCUGUGCUCUCCAAUUUUAGACCUGUCUCCCACUUGCCUUUUCUUUCCAAGGUUUUAGAAAAAGUUGUUUUUAUUCAAUUACAGACAUUUUUGGAGAUCAAUUCUAUUUUUGAUAAAUUUCAGUCUGGUUUUAGAUCCCGACAUAGCACCGAGUCAGCACUGUUAAAGGUGCACAAUGAUAUUGCCUUGUCUGUGGAUGCUGGGAAUCCUGCUGUGCUUGUGCUGCUGGACCUCACAGCAGCCUUUGAUACAGUCGACCAUGCAGUCCUUGUAUCUCGCUUAGAGCAGCACGUUGGCAUCCGUGGCACCGCUCUCCAGUGGUUUAGGUCAUACCUGGCAAACAGGAGUUUCUCUGUCUCAAUUGGUGACCACUGCUCCUCAAAUGCAUCGCUGCCCUGUGGGGUGCCACAGGGAUCUAUUCUCGGCCCUAUUCUGUUUUCAUUGUAUAUGCUACCUCUGGGAUCAAUUAUAAAAAAACACAACCUGUCUUUUCACUUUUAUGCCAAUGAUUUGCAGAUAUAUUUGCCCAUGACACCAAACGAAAACACUGCACUUACUAAACUGCUGGACUGCAUCACAGAUAUAAAACAGUGGCUGUCACAGAACUUUUUGCACUUAAAUGACAGCAAAACUGAAUGCAUUUUGUUUGGUUCACCAGCUAAGUCGAAUGCUCUCACCACAAAUUCUGGCACUGUGGCCCCUCUUUUUAAAUCACAUGUCAAAAAUCUUGGGGUAACAUUUGAUACUGGGCUCAAAUUUGACAAACAGAUUAGCUCGGUUGUCAGUACGAGCUUUUUUCAGCUCCGUCUUUUGGCCAAAGUGAAGUCUUUUCUCAGUCGGCAGGAUCUUGAGAAGGCAAUCCAUGCUUUCAUCAGCUCAAGACUGGACUACUGUAAUGCCCUUUACGUCGGCCUCAGUCAGUCCUCAAUUUCUCGUCUCCAACUUGUGCAGAACGCUGCUGCCCGAUUUUUAACUAGCACGUCCAGACGCGAACAUAUUACUCCUGUGCUGUCGUCACUCCACUGGCUUCCAGUCCGUUUUAGAAUUGAUUUUAAACUUUUGUUGUUUGUUUUUAACACCAUUAACGGCUCGGCCCCCUCUUACUUGUCAGAGAUUUUAACUUUUCGCAAUUGUGGCAGAGCCUUGCGCUCUUCAGGUCAGCUUCUGUUAGAAGUCCCUAGGUCCAGACUUAAACAGUGGGGCGAUCGUUCUUUUGCUGUCGCUGCUCCUAGACUGUGGAACAAACUGCCCCCUGACAUUCGCACCACUACUGAUCUCGGCCUUUUUAAAUCGAAGCUUAAGACCCACUUUUUUAGAUUAGCUUUUAAUUCUGAAAAGGACAGUACUGUCUCUUAGGUGUACUCUUUUUAUCUGCUCCUUUCUGUGCAUUUCUGGAAGGCUUUUAAUACCCUGCAGUGCUGCAGCACUUUAAAUUGUAUUUGUAUGUUAUAUAUGUGUUAUGUACUGUUUCAUGGCUCUGUUGUAAAGCACUUUGGGUACCUUUCGGCUAUUGUAAAGGGCUAUACAAAUAAACUUGAUUUGAUUUGAUUUGA